UUUUUUUUUUUUUUCUGCAAAGAAUGGAUAGAGCGUACUGCAGAUAUAAAUCCAAUUUUCGAACGAAAUGCCUGGAAUUGGAGAGAGGGUAUGGUGGUGACUCGAACGAGUGAAAAGCGAUCGUGUUGAAUUCGAUUACAAAUUAUCCGGAAUCGAAGGCAGUAGAUCCUGAGAAUUCUCAUGGCUGGCCAUACUGUGCUCCAUUCAGAGUGAAGAUGCGAUUGUCGUCAGUGAUCUUAGCUGAGAACUGGUUUCCGUCAUCACAAGGGAUCCAGUCUCAAAGCUCUUCGCUGAAUUUCUUCGAUAGCGACUAAUGGUGAAGAUGGUUGGGGAAGAGUUGCCCCCAGAUUUCGUCAUCACAGUGAAGCAAGAGGUUAAAAAUGAACCAGAUUAUCUCGUGUCGUGGGACACUCCAUCUGAUGGCUACUCCGACGACGUCGAUCCUGCUCCAGGACCCGAAUAUCUGGAAAGCUCCAAAGGAUCCCGGUCAUACCCCAAAGUUUCGUUCGACGACCUAGUCGCCCAGUUUGUCGGUUGUAGGAAUUUCGGUUGCCUUCUCGACCGUCUUGACGUGUCGAAAAAUAAAGAAUACGCAUCUGCGAUCGCUGUCGAUUUGCCGACCAAGCUUCCUAACGUCGGCCGACGGACAAAGAAGGAAAGGAGUGAGUUUGCUGGCGUUCUUGAUGAUCUUCAUCAGGAUGCGAAUCAUAUCAAUUCUAUCCUCGAAGAUUUGAUUUCGAAUCCACCGGAAUUAACCGAAGAUCUUCGAAAGGAUCCGGAAGAAACGGAAAUUUCCACGUCAUGUGAACCGCUCAUUCCUAAGGUGACCCCAGAAUUGGAGGAGGAGACGCCGUCCGUAAAGCCAAAAUUUAGACUCCUGCCAAAAUCCGUCAGAUUGGCGAAGGAGCAGGAGUGGCAGAGAAAUGCACAGAGCGAAAGGAAUCCCGAAAAUUUGGAAGAGCCUUCGACGAACGGUCACCCAAAUUUUCGUGGGAAUGUUGAGGUUUGGGUUCCGGAGGCGCUCGUGGGAAAUCUGGGUCUGGUUCUGUUUAUUCCGCCCCUCCUCCUUCCUAUUCCACUUGCGGCUUCCGGUCCGCGUUGGAACACGCGGAACCCGGUAGACAGGCUUGUGCAGCCAGUCAGAUUGGACUCCCUCAAGAACAUGGGAGAAAUUGUGGAGGAGGACUGA